CCCAUCCCCCAAACUGAAUUUACAGCUCUUGUUUUCUGGGCCAUUUCCCUGCAGCAUUCUAGGCUGCUGGCCCUCUCUCUUAAGGGUGUGAGGGCGGCUUCCUGCCUCCAGGCAACCUCACUUUUCCACUGCUCUGAUGGACAGUGAAACCAUACAGUUUGAGGGAGAAAUCACCCAUCUCCGGAAAGCUGCAGUCUGUGGGAUUGGAGAGACCUUGGAGGGCUGAGAUCAGACAUAAUUUGGCUUCAGUCUUCUCUGCGGUCUUGGGUGGGUUGUAUCCCUAGGCUUCAGAUUUCUCACCCACAAAUUGGGCAAAAUAACAUCUUUAGAUUUGAUGGGGGCAGUGCAGUGCCCUGGGGGCUGAGGUGGAGUGUGUGUGAGAACUUGACCAGGGACCUCAGUCGAGGUGACAGGCAGGGGACUGGGUGAAGGAAAGGAGCUGAGGAGCUAGGUCUGGGCUUAACACCCCCACCCUACUCUGGUGAGAAAAGAGGAAGUGAGUGUGGUGGGGGUGGAGGGAGAUAUUCCAGGGUCUGUAGCAAAAACUACCAAACUCAGGGAAGUCUACUGGAUAGUUAGUUGCUCAAGGACUUUCUCUUCUGGCGUGGGGAAACCUUACCUCAACCCUGGGGAAGAGAGGACGGUUUUUUAGAAUAGAAAGUUAGAGCCCUGGAGGGGAAGUAAUUUGCCAGAGGCAAUAGGCAGGUGGAACUGGGUUUGUGUCAUCACUCUUCGGGGCAAAGAGUCGCUCUGGGGCAAGGCUGAAUCAAUCUCGUUCCCUCAGGACCCGCAGGGGUCAGUGAGGCUGGCCGUGUACUUCCUGUGGUGGCUGUCUUUCUCUGUUCCAUGAAGAGGAGGUUUCCUGGGAGGGCCUGUAGGCAGGUGCUGCGAGGAGGUUGUGCAAGAGCUGAGGGUCUUGGUAGAGCCACACAAACACCCCUCAGGCAAAGAGCAGAGCCCAGCCUGACAGCAGCUCUGCCAUUCUGCAUCCCUGGGCUCCUGAGCCCUCCCAGCCACAGAGGUGUGCCUGAGUCUCCUAGAAAGUGUUUGUCUCUGCCCCAAGCUCACUCUCUUGCACCCCUAGAUAACUGUCUCCUAGAGAAGGCUGAGUUGCUGGCCCGGAUCUCAGAGAAGCUGCAGCCAAAGCCAAAUGAUGUCACCCCUGCUACCCUUCAGGGCCCUUGGGAGGAGGAAUCGGGGCCUGACUCAGACCAAGUCCCAUCAUCAAGCACUCUGAGGGUGAAGUGGCAAGAGAAGGAGGAGGGGCUCCGACUGGUCUGCGGUGAGAUGGCCUACCAGGUGGUGGCGAAGAGCGCUGCCCUGGGCGCCCUGGAGUCAACGCUGGAGGAGCGGCAGAGCACGCUGGCGGCCCUGGAGGCCCGCGUGGCGGAGCUGCGGGAGGAGCAGGCGCGGCAGACGCGGCAAGUGGACGCGCAGCGGGCGCUGAACGUAGCGCAGCGGGCGGCCUACGAGGCGCUGCGCGGGCACGCCAGGCUCCAGGAGGCGGCCCUGCGCAGGCUCGAGGAGGAGGCGCGUGACCUGCUGGAGAGGCUCGUGCAGCGCAAAGCCCGCGCCGCCGCCGAGCGCAACCUGCGCAACGAGCGCUACGAGAAGGCCAAGCAGGCACGGAUGUCCUUGGAGCUAAAGGAGGCUGCCCAGCGGACUGUGAGCAUCAGCGAGAGCCCCAACACCAUUGGCGAUGGGAUCAGAGAGGAGGGUAAGACUCUGGCCCUGAUUGCUGAGCCCGUAUCCCCGAAGAGUGAGGCUGGUGAGAAGUGGCUGAGGACCUUCAGGUCUGCCUCUGCCACCUCCUUGACGCUCUCCCGCUGUGUGGAUGUGGUGAAGGGGCUUCUGGAUUUCAAGAAGAGGAGAGGCCGUUCCAUUGGGGGAGCUUCUGAGCAGCGAUACCAGAGCAUCCCUGUGUGCGUGGCUGCUCAACCUCCUAGCCAGGUUCUGGAUGUGCUGGAUGCCCACCUCUCUGAGGUCAAUGCUGUUUGUUUUGGCCCCAAUAGCAGCCUCCUAGCCACCGGAGGGGCCGACCGCCUCAUCCACCUCUGGAACGUUGUGGGAGGUCGUCUGGAGGCCAACCAGACUCUUGAAGGAGCUGGUGGAAGCAUCACCAGUGUGGACUUUGACCCUUCGGGCUCCCAGGUAUUAGCAGCUACUUACAAUCAGGCUGCCCAGCUCUGGAAGGUGGGGGAGGCACAGUCCAAGGAGACGCUAUCUGGACACACAGACAAGGUGACAGCUGCCAAAUUCAAGCUGACAAGGCACCAGGCGGUGACUGGGAGCCGAGAUCGGACAGUGAAGGAGUGGGACCUCGGCCGCGCCUACUGCUCCAGGACCAUCAGUGUCCUUUCCUACUGUAAUGAUGUGGUGUGUGGGGACCAUGUAAUCAUUAGUGGCCACAAUGACCAGAAGAUCCGGUUCUGGGACAGCAGGGUCCCCUGUUGCACCCAGGUCAUCCCUGUGCAGGGUCGGGUCACUUCCCUGAACCUCAGCCAUGACCAGCUGCAUCUGCUCAGCUGUUCCCGAGAUGACACACUCAAGAUCAUUGACCUUCGAGUCAGCAAUAUCCGCCAGGUGUUUAGGGCUGAUGGCUUCAGGUGCGGUUCUGACUGGACCAAAGCCGUGUUCAGCCCGGACAGAAGCUAUGCCCUGGCAGGUUCCUGGGACGGAGCCCUUUACAUCUGGGAUGUAGACACUGGGAAGCUGGAGGGUAGUCUGCGGGGACCCCACUGCAUUCAGGUAGCAGAGGCCUUUGGGCUGGUGGCUCGAGGACACCUGGGCUUGGCCCCCUUUCCUCCACCUGCAGAGCUGGGCAGAGCCAGUCUGACCUCAGUGCUGUUCAUAUCUGAGGAGACAGCAUGAAGAAAGGCUCACAGACAGCAAGGGCAGUGGCUCUUGGAGCCAUGGGAAUUUUACCUUUGGUCUAAGCUGGUUUAGAGGCCAAGCCAACACCUUGGGCCCUUGGGCUUCAGGCACUCAGGGUGGACUUGGACUGAGGCUGUGGAGGGGCCACGGGAAUUGCAAGGAAGGGAUCGGGGAGCAGCCUAGAGGGCUCUGGUGGAAAGGGUCCUAACAAACCAGAGAGUGGUGUCAAGUACUUAGUACACCAGGCCUGCCUUCAGAUGAGAGCAUGUUCUUGCUCCAGAGGUGGGGCCCAGAAUGGGUGGGGAGCAGCCCGCAUAUGUCUGUGUGUUGGGGAGGGCAGCUGUGGGCUGGGCUUGGGUGGGUGCUUCACUUGGGUCAGCACCACAAGCCUCUGGAGUACAAACAAGGCAGACCCAGCAGGGGAGAGCCUGGGCACCCCACUUCCUUUGUCAACCUCGAGCAUGGAGGAGCUGUCAGCAGGACAGCCAUUGCCAGUCACAAGACAGCAGAAGGGACUUCUAUCCAACUGAUGGGGCCUUACUUUGGAGUUCUCAUCUGAGAUUCAAAGGCUUUACUCUAGAAUUCUCAGUUUCCUUCUUUAUCACCUUAUAAAGUCUCCCUUGGGGGUCGUGCCAUUCCCAGGGUUUGGAAGCCAUUCCCAGGAUGAGCAGUAAGGUGCUGAGAGCCUAAACUCUGUAGCUGGGCUGUCUAUUUUUGAGUCACAGCCCACUAUUUAAUAGUUGAGGGAUUUUGAGGGGUUCCUUAAUGGCUUUGUGCCUUGGUUUCCUCCUCUGUGAAACGGGAAAAUAACAGUACUCACCUCAGAGGGCACCUGGGUGGUGCAGUCCGUUAGGCAUCCGGCUCUUGGUUUCUGCUCAGGUUGUGAUUUUGGGGUCAUGAGAUGGAAUCCCAUAUCGGGCUCUGUGCUCAGCAUCUGCCAGAGAUUCAUUCUUUUGCCCCCUUCCCGUUCAUGCUUUUUCUCUCAAAAAAAACAAAACAAAACAAAAAACCCUCUCACCUCAGAAUUUAUUGUAUAGACUCAAUGUGUUCGUAUCUGGAAGCUCCUGGCACGUGACAAAGGCUGUGUGUUGAUUAAAUACCCAGGCUACACUCUGCUGACUCUCAGCUCACUCACUGCUCUGGGCCCAGCUGUCCCCUGAACUCUAGGUGACAUACCUAGCUGCCUCCAGGACAUCAUCUCCCCCUGACAUAAGUAUCUCUUCCCCUCAUGCCUACAUCCUCCUGCACCGGGGGGAUUUUUUAUUUAUUUUUUUUAUUUUUUAUUUUAAAAAAUUAUUUAUUUAUUUAUUUAUGAUAGAGAGAGAGAGAGGCAGAGACACAGGCAGAGGGAGAAGCAGGCUCCAUGCACCGGGAGCCCGAUGUGGGAUUCGAUCCCGGGUCUCCAGGAUCGCGCCCUGGGCCAAAGGCAGGCGCUAAACCGCUGCGCCACCCAGGGAUCGGGGGAUUUUUUUUUUUAAAUAAAUUUAUUUUUUAUUGGUGUUCAAUUUGCCAACAUAUAGAAUAACACCCAGUGCUCAUCCCAUCAAGUGCCCCCCUCAGUGCCCGUCACCGUCACCCCACCCCCCGCCCACCUCCCUUUCUACCACCCCUACUUCGUUUCACCAGGGGGAUUUAACUCUAACCUAGCUGCAACACAAGCCCCCUUCUCCGUGUCCUGCUGUGUCUCCACCCAGGUCCCUUCUUGCCAUGCCCAGAGUUACUUUCUAAGGUAUCAUGGUCACAGAUACAACCUUUUGAAGUUCCCAGGCUGCCUGCAGGGAAGCUUCUUGGCAUUAAAUUGAAAGCCUUUAGGAGGGGGCCCGUGGCCUCAGCUGCAUUUUCAUUUCCUUGCUACCCUGAAUGUGUUUUACACAAUGAUUUUAUCUCUGCCCAGCAUGUUCUUCCCUCCCAGCCUCCAGUUCAAAUGUGUCUGUCAGGAUCUUUUCACUGAGUGCCUGUCCUCGCUCACCAGGCUGGCUAGGGGCCUAGGUCCUCUAUGCUUGAGUUUUUUUUGUGUGUCUCUCCUUCCCUCCAUUUUCAGUCAGGGAGCUCUUGGAAGAGGCCAAGGUGGGAGGAACAGAAUAAUUCCUGGGAUUAGGCCUGGUCUAGAGAGAGCCUCAGGAAAUGUCUAUUAAAUGGGUAAAUUCUCUUACUCGAGGACUCAGCAAGACUAACAGUUGAAGAUACUAGAGUCCAGUAUUUUCCAGCCGGAGUCCCAGAGGCCCAGCCCUCUUGUCCUGGCUUCCAGUGGCCACCAGGAGUCACCAUCUGCUUAGUGUCUCCCCAGCCAUUCUCUGGUCGCUUGGGAUUCAUGGUUGGAAAAACUACCAUUCUCCAGUAGCCACCAUGACUGAGUGCUUAUGUGUCAGACACAGUGCUCUGUGCUUUUCACACAGUUAUUUUAUUUCUUUGAACUUGCUUGUGAGGUAGGUUAUCUCCUUCAUAGGUGAUAAAAUUGACACUCAGAAAUUAAGUAUUGUGAGAUCACACAGCUGGCACAGCUGGAUUGUAUUUUUUUUUUUUUUAACAAAAUGAUUUUGAGAAUCUGGGGUCCCAAUUAUGCAAGGCUGCAGGGCAUCUUCCGCCACCCUCCUGCCUCCACCACUGGUGGGGAUUCUAGCUUUGUGUCUCUCUCUCUCUGCAUCCUCUCUGUUCCUUCGGUUCUGGGCCUGCCCACCUGGCUUGACUGUGGAGGGUCAGUGUCCCUUGAAUAUGGGGCAUGUAGGGUCACAAGAAUGUGGUGAACCGGAAUUCUGGGAAGCUGUUACCAGCUAUACUACUUGGGGUAGGUGCCUCACAGGACAGCAGUGCGGGCUCCUGAGAUAAUCCAGAAGAGGUAAUCCAGUUCAAAAAUGACUGACUCAAUUCCAGGGACAGGAAGCCCUCUGCUCCCUGUAAAGGGAACCUUCUCUUCUUCGUGAGGCCAGUCUGACAGUACACCCGUGGGGUACAGUGGCCUUACCUCAGGGAGCACAUGCACACCUCAACUUAGUUGGAUGGAAAUGUCCAGGAGGAGCAGCAGCAAGUAUGGAAGGGCUAGCCACAGGCCAAGGUUCUGGGGCAGGAGGUGGGUGUGGAGGGAGAGGGACUGAUGAAGACUGAGCAGGGGAAGAGCUCAGAGGAGAGCCAGCUGGGAAGGCUGCUCCAUCUAGUCUUUGAAGUUCCCUGGUGGUAGAGAGGGUGAAGAUAGAGCCCUGUGCCUAAGAACCUCUUUAGGCCUCAGUAUUCUCUGCCUUCAGGUCUGUAUACCUUCUAGGUUUUCAGUACUCAGGUACCCAGGCUGCAGGCCUGAGUUGGGGCCUCUAAUGUCAAAACUGGAAUGGCCCUUCCCUUGCUGUGCAUGUGGGCUGAGGCCCAGAGAGGGGCUAGGGUGGCUAGGGUCUUGUAUAGGGUCUCACAGCAGAACUGAGAACCCAGGACUCCUUUUCUGAAAACUGCCCUCAGGUUCUGCAGAGAGGGGCUGGCCUGGCCACCCAGUUCUAGGUUCUGCUCCCAGUGGUCUUCCUGAGGGACCUUGGGCAAAUCACAGUAUCUUCCAGGGGAACGAUUUUCCUCACCACUUCCAGGCCCACAGCUCUGGGCCUCACCAAAGGUGACACAGCUCAUCCCUGAGGCUGUUCUGUAGGCAAGAGUACUGCCUUCUCUCCCUGCCGAAUCUCAGACCCUAGUAUGCCUGAGAUUUGACAGGGAGAAGUGACCAGCCCUUGUUUUGGGCUCUUGCUGCCCCUUGGUCAUCUCCAUGGGAGACACACCUUAGCUGGAGUCUUCUGUUCCUGAAUCUCCCCGACCAGAUGUGAGCCCUUUGGUGACAGGGAUGAGAUCUGAGUCAUUUCUAUCUCCAGUGCCCAGAACAAGACCUAGGGCAGUUUGUUGACUGGACAAGUAGUGAUCGAAUAGAGGUGGUCCUGGCCCUUUACAAGUUCUCGGAGAAUCUUGGCGGCACCAGCUAUGGACCCAUUUGUGGAGAGUCAGCAUACCAUGUCUGGGUACAAGCUGCUUUCUUCUUCUGGACACACAUCUAUUGGUCAAAAAUAUUUUCAUCUUUGCACAUUACUUCAGUUGAUCCUCCUGGAUUUUAGGACAUUCGUAGUGCCUUCUCAUUCCCACUUUACAGAUGAGGAAAGCAAGGCCCAGAAAGGUGAAGGGAUGAGCUGAAGGCCACAGCUAAUCAAGGUGGCCAGAGCUUCCCCUGCCCCCUAUAGGAGCAAGAGGAUGAUGAGAAUAGGAAGGCUGCUUAAGUGUUUAGCACACAGUGUGGGAGGGGUGUGAACCCUAUUUGUGGGUUCAUUUCUGUUGUUUCAGGCUAACACUCCAGGAAAAUAUUCCCAGACUGGAGCUCUCAGAAACACAUGGCCAAAGUCCUUCAUUUGUUUUUUUGCCUGUGGGACCAGGGGAAAACGGUCCAGGAACAAGAUGCUCUUUGGCAUUUGCAGGA